AUGGCCCCAAGUUUGGACGAGUUGGUCAGUAAGGCUAUCCAGAAUAAGAAACCGGUCAGCAUAUAUGUCUUGACGAACGGACACUGGAAUCUCAAGAACCGAGACAAUUUCUGCGGUGUAGAUGGACCGAUCAAACGCUUGGUGACUCAUGUUCGACGGACAAACGAACAGCAGAAUUGGAUCGGCGUCCAGUUCAUCCGCUUCUUUGACGACAACGAAAAUCCUGAUGACAAGCUCGGGGAGACUCGGUUGAAAGCAUUGGAUGACGAUUUGAAGCAACAAACGGGAAUAGACAUCGUCGACACACGGAAUUUUGACGCAGAUGUGCGCAAAAUUUUACUUGGUUCAGUCGUACCAGAUGAGGAUAAUUCUUGA